AUGGCGCAGGGAAAGACCAAGGGCCUCAAGGCCAAGGUGGCCUCGGGCGGCCGGAAGAAGAGCGGUACCAUGUCCAAGGGCAAGCGCGACAUUCCUCCCAAGAAUGUCCACCAUGUGCGCGAGCGCCAGACCAAGAAGCAACUCUCGUCCAGGAUCAACAACAACAUUGAGAAGCAGAUGGUCAACGCCGCCAGCUCGGGCAAGCUCACCAUCAUGAAGAACAAGGGCGAACUCGAGGCCGGCAAGGGCAAGAAGUAG